ACUGAAGGGCCAACAAUGGGUGGCAUUGACGGACGGAAUAAGGAUACGUCUGUGCUGAGAUGUGCCACCCAGCUGUCCCCUCAGGUAGGGAGGGACAAUGGUACCAGAGCCGCCUGUCCAAGCGCAACAUGUGACGGCACUGAAGAUAUAAAAGACUGCAAAGUGGCAACAACCCCAUAUACGAUAUUUGGAGUGACAAGCCCCCCUAAAAAUCUUUCACAACCAGAGCAAAAAAACAAGAUGAGAUUUCCAGUGCAGCUGUUUGUUUUCCUUGCUGUGGCAGCAUUUCACACGGUGCUCUCAGCAUCUCUGGAAUCUGCAGAGAAAGAAGAAAAAGCUGCAAAGUAUGAUGGGCUAGCCGAGCUGCAGAAAAUAGAUCAGAUGGAGUUUGAGACUGCUCAGAAAAACCAGGAAGCUCACAUGAAUGCUACUGAAGAUCAGAGUGGAGAUUCCCGCUACCUCGAGGCCGCUCAGGAUCACUCCGUGGAGGAGCGCGUGGACUCUCAGGAUGCCAACGCAGCAGAAGGUGGUGGAAAUUCUGAUGCUGCAGGUCAAGGAGAGGCAGAGUCUGAGUCCUCUGAGGACGCAGAUGGGCCACAAAGGCAGGAACACCACGAGGUUGUAACUGAGGCUGUGACCAGUUUGGAUGAAAACACUCAGGAUUCAACCAAGGAGCAAGAUGCACUGGAGUGAGAGGGCACAGCAGCACGUGGAUACCAGCACUGGCUCAUGCAGUGUGCCAACUACCCCGAGCUUACAGUAAAUUUAAAAAAAAAAAAAAAAAAAAAAAGGGACCCAUCCUACCUGUCUGUAUAACCUGUCCGUCUCCUUGUUUCCUGUUUCCUGUUUUGCAACACAAAGUGCUUUUCAAGAUUGCAGCUCAGAAAAUGCUGCGUCAUUUUACCUUCAGGCUGAAAUUUGACUCCUUAAUCAACACAGUGUACUUAACAUGUGUCAAAAUUCAGAGAGCCAACCACAUAAUAAAAGGACACAUUGUAUGUGAUCAUAAAUAAAGAACAAUGUACAAGAGUAGCUGCGGAUAAAUAAAUAUAAACUUUUAAAAUGAAA